UCCAACCAGAAGAAUAAGCCGCGCGAUUUGUGGUAUAGUCAAAGCCACCAGACUGUGACUGCACAUUUUGACUAUCUAUCGUCAAAUCUGGGCAAAGAUAUUCGCGGUCUAUUGAUAGAUGCAUUCGAUGAAUGGCUCCAAGUCCCGAAAUUGGCUUUGAAUACAAUCAAAAGUGUUGUAAACAUGUUACAUACAGCAUCACUUCUACGGCUCUGCCCUGCGCCGAGGCUUUCCGGUUGCUCACAUCAAAUUUUUGGGGCGGCCCAAACUAUCAAUUCGGCAAACCACGCAUACUUUCUAGCAUUCGAAGCGCUUCAAGGGCUUCAAAAUCCUGCGGCUAACACACUCUUGAUACAUGAGAUGAUAAACCUUCAUCUUGGACAGGGGAUGGAUCUAUACUGGAGAGACUCUUUUACCUGUCCCAGUGAGACCCAGUAUCUGGAAAUGGUCAACAACAAAACAGGGGGGGCUUUUUAG